AUGCCUGCUGCGGCUCCGAUCAUCAGCUCUGUGCAGAAGCUGGUGCUGUACGAGACCAGAGCUCGGUAUUUUCUUGUUGGGAGCAAUCAUGCAGAAACCAAAUACCGUGUUUUGAAAAUUGAUCGCACAGAACCGAAGGAUUUAGUUGUUAUUGACGAUAGGCAUGUGUAUACCCAGCAAGAAGUGAGAGAGCUGCUUGGCCGUUUAGAUCUGGGAAACAGGACAAAAAUUGGACAGAAGGGCACCUCCGGGCUAUCACGAGCUGUCUCUGCUUUUGGUAUAGUAGGUUUUGUCAGAUUUUUAGAAGGUUACUACAUUGUGCUAAUUACAAAGAGGAGAAAGAUGGCAGAUAUUGGAGGGCAUGCAAUAUAUAAAAUAGAAGAUACAAAUAUGAUCUACAUUCCAAAUGACUCUGUACGAGUGACUCAUCCUGAUGAAGCAAGAUACCUUCGAAUUUUUCAGAAUGUGGACCUGUCUAGUAAUUUUUAUUUCAGUUAUAGCUAUGAUCUAUCCCACUCUCUUCAAUAUAAUCUUACUGUUCUAAGAGUACCUCUUGAGAUACUUGGGACAGAAACAGCUCGAACCCGGCAGGAGAGUUUUGAUAUUUUUGAAGAUGAGGGACUUGCUGCUCAGGGUGGAAGUGGUGUAUUUGGCAUUUGCAGUGAACCUUAUAGAAAAUAUGUGUGGAAUGGCAAACUGCUGGACGUAGUCAAAACUGCUGUUCAUCGUGACUGGAUGUUGUAUAUCAUUCAUGGAUUUUGUGGGCAGUCAAAACUGCUCAUUUAUGGUCGUCCGGUGUAUGUCACCCUGAUAGCUAGAAGAUCGAGUAAAUUUGCUGGAACACGGUUUUUAAAGAGAGGAGCAAAUUGUGAGGGAGAUGUAGCUAACGAAGUAGAAACUGAACAAAUACUCUGUGACGCCUCGGUGAUGUCGUUUUCAGCUGGGAGCUAUUCAUCUUACGUCCAAGUACGAGGUUCUGUGCCUCUGUAUUGGUCUCAGGAUAUUUCAACUAUGAUGCCUAAACCACCAAUUACAUUGGACCAGGCAGAUCCAUUUGCACGUGUUGCUGCACUUCAUUUUGAUCAGAUGCUCCAGAGGUUUGGCUCGCCCAUCAUAAUCUUGAAUCUUGUAAAGGAACGUGAAAAAAGAAAGCAUGAAAGGAUACUGAGUGAAGAACUCGUUACUGCCGUGACGUACCUCAAUCAAUUUUUACCUCCUGAACAUGCUAUUGUUUAUAUUCCUUGGGAUAUGGCCAAAUACACAAAGAGCAAACUAUGUAACGUCCUUGAUAGGCUGAAUGUGAUAGCCGAAAAUGUGGUGAAGAAAACUGGAUUCUUUGUAAAUCGCCCUGAUUCCUAUAGCAGUGUCUUACGCCCAGAUGAAAAGUGGAAUGAGUUGGGAGGAUGCGUCAUCCCCACUGGCCGCUUACAGACUGGAGUUCUUCGAACCAAUUGUGUUGACUGCUUGGAUCGCACAAACACAGCCCAGUUUAUGGUUGGGAAGUGUGCUUUGGCCUAUCAACUUUAUUCCUUAGGGUUGAUUGACAAACCCAAUCUGCAGUUUGACACCGAUGCUGUUAGAUUAUUUGAAGAGUUAUAUGAGGAUCAUGGUGAUACACUUUCUCUCCAGUAUGGUGGUUCUCAACUUGUUCAUCGAGUAAAAACCUACAGAAAGAUAGCACCUUGGACCCAGCAUUCUAAAGAUAUUAUGCAAACUCUUUCAAGAUAUUACAGCAAUGCUUUUUCAGAUGCUGACAGGCAAGAUUCAAUAAAUUUGUUUCUGGGAGUAUUUCAGCCUGAAGAAGGAAAACCUCAUCUCUGGGAAUUACCAACUGAUUUUUACUUGCAUCAAAAAGACACAAUUAAUCUUGUCCAGGCGAGGCGAAGCUACACUUACUGGUGGACUCCAGGUGUAUUAAAACACUUGCCUCUGCCUUAUGAUGAAGUAACAUGUGCUGAAAACAGAAGGAAGCUAACAGUGAAAAAAUUUCAUAAAUUUGAUGAAGAAAUCGAUAUUCAUAAUGAAUUUUUUCGACCUUACGAACUCAGCAGUUUUGAUGACACCUUUUGCUUGGCAAUGACAAAUUCAAUACGAGAUUUUAUGCCCAAGAAUGUUGGCAUUGAUCCUAGCCCAUUUACUGUUCGUAAACCUGAUGAAACUGGAAAAUCUGUGUUGGGGAACAAAAGCAACAGAGAAGAAGCAGUGCUGCAACGUAAAACAGCUGCUAGUGCUCCUCCACCUCCUAGUGAGGAAGCUGUGUCGAGCAGCUCUGAGGAUGAUUCUGGGACCGAUAAAGAAGACGAAGGCACUGUGUCACAGCGAUCAACACCAGUGAAGAUGACAGAUGCAGGAGAUAAUGCCAAAAUAACAGAGAAUGUAGUACAAUCCAUAAAAGAUGGAUAUGGAAUCAAUCUCUCAGAAUCUCCUUCAGAAGACAAUCUCAGCAUAUAUACAAGGUUUGUUCAGUUGGGGCAGCGUGAACACAAGCAAGACAAGGCUCAUCAACAGCUUUGUUCUAAACACUUAGAUGGGGUUAUACAUUUAACACACAUCUCAGCUUUUUCCCAGGACAACAUUUAUGAAGUCCAGCCUCCUAAAGUUGACAGGAAAUCUAUUGAAAUCUUUCAUGCUCACAUCCAGGCUGGGAAGGGCAUCAUGCAGCCCCUGGGAAAAGAAGACAUCCUCAUGUACCGAGAAUACAUUAGAAACAGAUAUAUGUGAAAAAUGUCUAUAUUCAACUGUGU